UUGCCUGAGCUGCGUCAGUCGCAAAUGACCGGUCACCGCAGACAGUCCCAACCGGCUUGCGUCUCCCAAGUUCGCCAAUUUCGGCACAACUGACGUCUUUCUGUGCCAAAGUCCGGGUGGCUCUGAGUGCGUGAUUCUGCUCCUCUGUUCCGUGUUGCUGGUUUUUCUUUUAAUAGAUAAAAAAAUUGCCUGGACCUUUUUUGAUAUUGACAAAAGCGGAGGUUAUUGUGGUUGGAAACUGUGUUCAGGAAUUUGAUCGAGCGAUCAUUCUGCAAAAAUAGUUUAGAACAGUGUUCAAAAUGAAAUUCACUUCAUGGUGUGCCUCAGCGCAUGUGCUACUUGCUGUCGUCUUGUUAAUAGUGAAUACAGCUUCUGCUGGUAUUCUCAACAGCAUAAAUUUGGAAGGAACACAAUACAGAACUGGGAAUGACAACGCAGACGAUGUGAAGUUCUUCCUAUUCUACUAUGGGUCUGAGAACGGAACAGUUCAGAGCACAGACAUCACAGAAGAUGUAUCCAGCAUCAGCUCAGAUGUGCCGCUAACUGUCAUUCUGCAUGGCUUCAUGGGCUCCCCACAUGGCAUGUCUACGCAAAUGCUCAUAGAAGCGUACAUAAAAAGGAACACGAGUACAGUGGUGGGAGUGGACUGGCAGCAACUGGCGCAGGGUCCGUGGUACAGCCGUGCGGCGGAAGGCGCAGAGGAGGUGGCCAAUAGAUUGGCGCAUUGGCUGACGUCAGCUGUCGAGGCCAAUCGCACCAGUUGGGACCACAUCCACCUGGUUGGGUUCAGUCUGGGUGCUCAGGUGGCUGGUCUUACGGCUAAGUACCUCAAUGACACCAGGGUCGGCAGAAUUACUGGUCUGGACCCGGCCAAGCCUCUGUUCGACGACAAAUCAUCGCAGAAUCGACUGGAUAUGGAGGACGCGAACUUUGUGUCGGUGGUGCACUCUAGCGGAGGAUUUAUCGCGUUCAGCGAGCCUCUCGGCCACGUCGACUUCUACCCCAAUGGCGGAGUCACGCCUCAGCUGCCUUGCAGGGACAUCGUUGUCAAACACGAGGGAACAAACAACUUGAAAGUAGCGGGCAACCCAGCGGCAGCGAAGGCGUUCUCGAGCCUGGUGUGCAGUCACUACGUGGCCCUGUCCAUGUGGGUGAUCUCACUCGACCCGAGUGUACAGGUCACGUUCACCCACUGCUCCUCGUGGCCGGCCUACGUCGACAACAAGUGCAACGCCAGUCACACCGGCCAUGAUACCAUUGUCAUGGGAGAAGAGACGCCCACCAGCGCAAGAGGCACAUACUACAUGAGCACAGAGCACAGCGACUAUCGAGCGAUGUUCGCGCCACAAAUCAGCACGCUGAUUGCCGAGGGUCUGCAGGAGUACUCCAAGCUAUUCUCCGGAGGCGACCCACUCGACCAGGACAAGGGCAAGGCCGAGAUUGAGGAGGUGAAGCCCACCUCAACAACACCCAAAGACCCUCUCGACACCAAAGUAUCAAGCGUCGACAACGAUGUAUCAAACGGCAUCACAUACAGCGCGGCGGGAACACUGUCUACCUCGCUCCUCAAAUCCGUCUCAUUUGCCACAGUUCUUUCACUAGUGUGUAGGUUCCUAACGAGCUGAUUCCAGUAGAUACCAUUUGAUCUCAUCGAUUGAACGUUUUCAAUAUCCUGCUAAGCUUCAUCUGUGUUUGUGUUAGUUUUAAGUUAGCUCCAACUGUACAUCCAAAACAAAAGACUCCAUUUGAAUAGAGAGACUCUUUGGGUAAGUGUUUGAAUUCAAAGUCAACCAUCAAUUCAAAACAGUGAAUUUGAUAGUGAAGAGAAUUCUUGAAGCGUCAUUGCUCUCUAUGCUAAUUUAUAAAUAAUGACAAUUCACCGAUUUUGCUAUUUUUUGUAAAAAAAACGGUAUUCACAGUAUUACAUUAUGUCGGUUGAGCAUCAACAGGAUAUUAGAUAAAGAAAGGGAGGAAUGAGACAUUUUUCGAGUGAGAGUGAUAAACAUGAAGUGUUGAGUAGAGUAAUAAUCAAUUCUGGUAUAAUCAGUGUUUUCAAGUAAUAAUCGGGUGCAACCAAUGUACUUACAAGACAAGCAAUAUGCAUUUUAGGUACAUAGCUUCAACUAAACAUUGAAAUCAGAAAAAAUUAUAAUGGGAGGAUUCUUUUGCAUAAUUAUUUGUCCCUAUGACAGUUAUAAAGGCAACUACAAAUGCAUAUUCAAAUAGAGAAGAAUCAAGCAGUGCAAUAAAGAGAUUAUUUGUGUAAAAUAUUUUAAACCAGCUCAAAGAAUUCUCUUCAAUUUGAAUUCAGGGUCAAACAGUCAAUGAAAACAGAAAAUUGGAUUGAUAGAGGAGACUUACAUUUAAAUGUUAAUGAGUAGAGGUGGUUUCCGGUAAUAAAAAUCGGGGAAUCAAUCCACAAAAGAAUAUUAAUUUUAGAGUGCAGAUUCAAAAGAUAAGUUAUGUGUGAUAUUAAAGUACCGAAUUUUAGAAUGAAAAACGUUUAAGUGAUGCUGCAAAUGUUUCAAUUACGCACUUGUUCAAUAAUUAUUACUUGUUGUCAUGCUUUCUCUGUACUUUCUAACACGUAUCAAUCAAGGGAGAUAUUGUAUUGGAACUUGGAAAAAUGUCGUAUUUUAGAGCGCUAGUAUCACAAUACAUCUCGAAAUAAUGAUUUCAAAGCUUGACUUGAUCUAUAACUGAAGAGUUACCCAAUACAUCAUCAGUUGAGAUGAUAAUCCUCAUCUCAGACAUCCAAUCUGUUCACACAUCUGCUGAAUGAAUGGGGAAAUUCCCAGAGCUGGAUCAAUUAGUUCAUAGGGAGAAGUUGCAGCGUAAACGAUCUACUACUUCUGUGAUCAAUGAUUCAAACUGAAUGGGAUUGAUCGUUCGGAAAAUUGAAAUUUGGUAAUUAUAAAUGGAUGAGCAUCGAGCAUUCUCACCAUAAUAAACAUCUUAUCACGAAAUAUAAUUCGAUGCAGAAAAAUUUGAAUGAUAAUACAAUAAAAUUGAACAAAUAGGAUGAUGAUUGAAUUUUAUUGUUGAUCAACAGAGAAGAGGUUUGUUCAAUUGAAUUAGAGAAAUAUUUGCUGGACUACAGCCAGAAAUAAAAUAAAUGUAGACUAUACUGGAGAGAAAAAUAUGAUGAAGUUGAUUUGCAAGGAAUGAACUUUGAUCAACCUAUGGGUUGAUGAGUUAAAAUAUAGGAAUAAAUUUACAAUUCAUAUUAUCAAGUUGAAAAUUAAAAAUAUGAAUUAAGAGCAGGUAGUCUAUCUCAUAGAAUAAACAAUUUGAAACAAGUUAGUGAAGCUAACAUAAAAUAUAUUAUGAAUUCCUAUUAUAGUAACAUAUUCCUCAAUAUACUGUCUAUUAAGUUGUUUCUAUUAACGAAAACUAUAUAAAUUUUCUACUGUUAAGGCUACAAAUAGCCUGUCAAGAGCACGAGACAAAUGCUCGGUCACUCUAACAAUGUUGAAAACUUUCCUAAUCAUUUUGCAACCGUAAUUGGAAUUGUUCAUCAAAACUCAUUAGAAACUAGUAGAGAAACUACUUCAGCUCAAUUCAAUUUCCAAGUUCCAAUACAUAACAUAAGCCAAGCAUAAUUAUAGAAUUUGAAUUACGAUACAGUCGUUUUUAAUUAUAGUUGAUUGAUAAUUUAUUCAAUUGCAAUGAAAGAGAAAAUUUGUACGUUUCCUGAAUUUUUUAGAGUGGAAUUUUCAAUUAUGAUCAAACCUUUUCAACAAUUCCGAAAUUCUCUGCCAACAAGUUUCUACUAGAGAGUAUCUUAUUAUUUGAAGCAAAAUGAUAGACCGCAUUUUGGAACGAAAAAUCCUGGAACUAGGAAAAUUAUCCUUAUCAAUUUUUCCAUUUGGCAAGCAGAGAAAAUAUAUUGGUAAAUUCCCAAAUCCUAGUAUAUAGAACCUGGUAUAUUGAUAUACCUUCAAUAUAACCAUGGUAUAUGGAAAAUUUAAUGGUGGAGAAGUAGUGUUUGGAGAAUAAGCUCAAAUUCUUGCAAAAAUAGUGAAUUCACAAAUAUCUCAUAGAUUUCAAUUAACUCACUCUUGUCGUUUUCUCUCUUUGUCGAAUAUCAAAAACAAAUACUUUCUGAUACAUUACCAGUUACUCUGGCUGAUCACCUUAAAGCGAUGGAAUCCAUCAACUAGAAAAAGAUUUGAGAAAGAGUGAAAGAUUCAAUUGCUCAAAGCAGACGAAUCGACUACACACACAUACAUCCCGAGCUGCGGUGAAACUAAUUCGAACCUCGGACACGUUCAGCCUUGGUUGAAAGCGAUUGAGAAUGUCGAUGGAUCCAGGAAAAGCUGACUACUUGGCUUGCAGCGGACCUUUUUGAAAACUCACCUUUGAAACGAACUAAAAAGAUUUUCCAACCAGGAAAAAUACUGAGCAGUUCAAAAGAAAGUCAUACUGAAUCGUGCUUCAUGUGUACUGUGUACACACUAAACAGGAUCCAGUUUCAUACUGGAAUUCUCUUUGGCUGUACGUUACUGAGAUGAAUAGCAUAGAAAUACUAUAGUGAAAUUCACUUCAAACCACAGCAUUGAAGUGGAUUACGCUUCACUUUAGAUAUGUUAACUGUGAAUAGCUUGAUGCAUAGUUGAAUAGCUUAGUGUUGUAAGCUAUACCUUAUAGUUGGGAAGCUGUGGAGAAAUACACAGUAUAUAAAGAGGAAUAUAUUCCAUCUUGAAAAUUUGUAAAGUUCUAGUACCUGGUUGAGUUGAGGUUGGAAGCUCGAACUGGAUACGAUGAGUCAGGUAUGAUAUGUAUCACUAUUAAGCACUACAUUUACAGCACUCUGUAACAUAAAAAAAAAUAAAUAAUAUAAUAUCGUUUUCAGAUUGGUUCGGUUAUGAUGUUCAAAAACGUUGAAUCUUUAUUACAUAUUAAAUCAAUACAAAAUGUAGUUUUACAGUCGUGGAAAAUUAAGAUCUUAGAAGUUCUCGAUGAAACAAAACGUUGCAAAAAAUAAAGUUUCAAAUUCUUAAUAAUUAUAUUUUAAAUUCACAAGACCAGUGUUUCAAUUUUAUCAUGAAAAAAAUUGUAAAUUGCAAAUAGGACUUUCUCAAAUCUAGCAGCAAGAUUCGUCGUGUCAAGAUGAUCCACUUACAGUACCGUAUCACCAAAACAUACAUGUUACCUAAUUCUCUUAUGUCACAAUCCUUUUGUAACCUGUUCGCCUCUUUAGUUAUUGCAGACAGCUUGAAUAGAAUAAUAAUUACAAAAAAACAGUGAAUUAUCACAAUACAUUUUCUCUGGACAUAAAUCAUCGAUAAAUAAUUUUAUUCUGAUUGUCACUUUUUCUAAAGACUGAGAAAACUCUCAUCUGGUUACUUUACAUUCUAUGAAAGGCUAAGCAGGGUAAACUGGGAAUCGAUCAUGUACAUUAUAUUGAUCUUAUUGUUUGACUUUUGUGAUGAUGACGUGUGAUUUUUGUAAAUAAAAUUAGGUAGACUAAUUAGGAUAGUUUUUAGAUCAUUUAAAUAUUAGAUCUGGAGUCAUUUCAAGGCUAGUUUUAAACUGGUGCAGAGAAAUGAGUAAUGCUGUGGCAUUAAAACGUUGAACCAUAUGGGUUAAAUGUGGACAUGAAAAGCCGAGAAGAUUAACUGAUGCACAUGAGGAGUGCCACUGUGAUGUGAAAUGGCUCAUAUAUUAGCUUACUUAUAACUGUCACAGUAACGUUUAAGAGGUGUCCUACUCAUGUCUCUCUGAGUCUGUUUGAAACAAGCCUUGAAAGUUCGUACAUUAUAAGAUAUUCAAACUGAAAAUGAGACUGGCUCUGGAAUGAAAUUAUAUUAAAUAAAAUUGGAUGAAUAACCUGCAACUAUGAGUGGACUGCUAUCAAUAUUGAGCAUUAUCCUAUAUUUAGAAUAUUAGACCGAAAUUAAUUAAUUUCUAAGAUCUUGCUAUUCUGGUGAAAUCAGGGAAAUUCCAAAAUGAUUUUUAUCAACUUUGACACUGAUUCAGCUCAUGAUCAAUUAGAAUGAAUGUUACAAAUAUUUCGGAAAUUAUGUGCUUUGAAAUGAAGAUGUAUCACAAUUUGCUAAGAGAUUCAUGAUUAUCAAUUAAGUAAAUUCUUAGCUUACUGUGUAAUAUCAUGAAACUGUGUAUAUUAAACUUUUCAGAUUGGAA